AUGGGAGUAUGGCUUUGGCUUGAAUACACAAACUACCCUAACAUCAUUUCCACAAUGAUGCAACUCUCUGACUCUUUGGUCAAGUCAUUAUCCAAUGAAGCUCUCACUUGCUUAGAUACAUUGGCAGCCUUUGAAAAUCCCCCUAUCCCAAAAGAUGGGGGUUUGCCCUUAACAAAGAUCCUAGUUCAAAAGGAUAUAACCCUUAAGCUCUUCAUUAUGAAAAGAUACACAGCAAUAGCUGGAAUUAAGAGUGUCCUCAACAACAUUUGUGCUAGAGUUUUCAAAGAUAUAUUCACAUCAAGGGCUAGAAGUAGUAAUUCUAGGCCUUUUGUUGUGCCUGGUUUCCCACAUCCAUUAUUUGGUGAUUUUGUUGUGCCAAAUGGUGUAGAGGAUCUUGAUUUGCUUGAUGCUAAGAUUUGGAGUAAUAAAGGACCUUGUGAUGAUGUUACUGAGGAAGAUAAGACUAUGUUCAUAACAUUUUCUAGGGGCUUCCCUGUGUCUGAAGAGGAGGUGAGGGAAUUAUUUAUAACAGACUAUGGAUAUGGUUCUGUGGUGGAAAUAGUUAUGGGAAAUUAUGCAGCAAAUAACCAAUCUAUGUUUGCAACAAUGGUUCUGAAUGGUGUGGCCAUGGUUGAUGAAAUUCUACAAGGAUUACGUCUCGCCAAGUUGCGUGCGAAUGGAAAGGAUAUCUGGGUUCGCAAGUAUGAUCGCCGUAAUUAA